CACAAAUAAUCGUGAUUCAAUGGAAGAAAUUCUCAUCAGUCUCUUGUUCAUUUUAUGUUUAUCUCCCUGCUCCCAAUCAUUCGCAAGUGUCAACAACACAGUGGACUACAAAUCACUUGUUGAUAUCAAGGAUCAGUUCCUGAAGCAAAGCAAUUCUGCUUCUUCUGCCACUUUCAUGAGCUCAUGGAACGAAGCUAAUCCAUUUUGUUCAUGGGAAGGAGUCACAUGCGGGCACGAGCACUCAGAUAGAGUCACAGCAUUGGAUCUCAGCUCCAUCGGUUUGGCUGGUCCUCUUCCUCCUGCCAUAGCCAAUCUCACCUUCCUCAAAAGUCUCGAUCUCAGUAACAAUGGCAUCUAUGGUGAGAUCCCUCUAUAUCUCGCUCGCUUGCAACGACUCGAACAUCUCAACCUGAGUUUUAACUCGUUUCAUGGAGACAUCCCUGCCAUUCUGGUGACUAAUAGUUCUGUGUUUCAAGUUCUAGAUCUCUGCUGCAAUAAACUCACAGGAAAAAUCCCUCUUUUUAUCAACUCUGUGUCUCCGCUCAACUACUUGGGCUUUGAUAACAACAUCAUCACAGGCAAAAUUCCAGCUUCAAUUGGCAAUCUCACCUUCUUGGAAGGUCUCUAUGCUACUUAUAAUAAUCUAGAGGGAGAGAUUCCAGUAGAGAUUGGUGGCCUCCGUAGCUUACAAGUCUUCAGAGUGGGUGAGAAUAAUCUUUUAGGUAACAUUCCUUCUUCAUUCUACAACCUGUCAUCGCUGCGCAUAAUUUCAUUGGCAAAUAAUCACCUCUCUGGUGGCAUUUCGUCUGACAUCGCCCAAGCUUUUCCAAACCUAGAAAUCUUAUAUAUUGCUAGAAAUCAUUUCAUCGGCUCACUUGAAAUUCUUCAAAAUGUUACCAGUCUCGAGCGUUUGGACAUCGGGGUAAAUAAUUUCACAGGAGUGGUGCCACCAUAUUUUGGGAAAAUGCAGAAUCUUGUAUACCUCAAUAUGCAACGAAAUGAACUUAAAGCCAUUGAUGCACAAGACUGGAGAUUUAUUGAUUCUUUAACUAAUUGCACAAGCUUAGAAAUGUUAAGUCUUUAUCAUAAUAACUUUGGUGGAAUGCUUCCAAAAUCAUUUUGGAACCUCUCUAUUGAGCUUCGAGAUAUAACAUUAGGACUCAAUAAUAUUUCAGGAAGCAUUCCUUUUGAACUUGGAAGGUACACCAAUUUGAUUAAUUUUGGGAUGGAGGGAAAUCUUCUGAGUGGUUUUAUACCCGAGAGCAUUGGAAAACUUAAGAGCCUACAAGUGGUAUCCCUAGAUCAGAAUAAUCUUCAUGGAAUUAUUCCUUACUCCUUAAGCAAUCUCACUAUACUUACCAAUUUGUGGUUGGCAUUUAAUCAAUUAACUGGUACCAUACCCUCAAGCAUACAAAAUCUUCAAAAUCUCAAUGAUUUGGAUCUCAGACAUAAUAAUUUAACUGGCUUGAUUCCAAAAGAACUUUUUCUCAUCCCCUCUUUAUCAAAUACUUUAUUAUUAUCAUAUAAUUCUUUAACUGGGUCUCUACCUUUCGAGGUUGGUCAUCUAGUAAAUAUCAUGUCACUUGAUUUUUCUCAUAAUAAAUUAAAUGGAGAAAUUCCAACAUCACUUGGAAGUUGUCAAUUAUUGCAUGAAUUAUAUAUGGGUGCUAACUUCUUUUAUGGCCCUAUUCCUAUUUCUCUAAGCAAUAUGAAGAGUCUUGAAAUGCUAGACCUUUCGCAUAAUAAUUUAUCAGGGUCUAUUCCUCAAUCUCUUCAAAAUCUUAUCUACCUUAAGUACUUGGAUCUUUCAUUUAAUAGCCUUGAAGGUGAGGUGCCAUACAAAGGUGUCUUUGCAAAUUCUUCAACAAUCUCCCUCAUUGGAAAUGAAAAGAUUUGUGGAGGAAUUCCAAAACUUCAUUUGCAAGAAUGUGUUUUCAAUUCAAAGUCAACAAAAAGAAAAAGUCAUCAUUUAAUCAAAAUCAUUGUCCCAAUUCUUAGCUUUCUUGUUUUGUUAUUGGCUUUUUUGUUGUGCUAUACUUUACUCUAUAAAAAACAAAAACAAAGUGGCCGAAGAAGAAAUUUGUCAAACUCAUCUUUGAGCACUCCAUUUCCAAGAAUUUCCUAUGCAAAAUUAGCCAGAGCUACGAAUGGUUUCUCCAGUUCAUAUUUAGUAGGAAAUGGACGGUUUGGCUCCGUCUACAAAGGCACCCUAAAAGAUUAUCAAGCUAUUGUGGCUAUCAAAGUUUUCAAACUUGAGGUCCAUGGAGCUUUUAAGAGUUUCAUAUCUGAAUGUGAUACAUUAAGAAGUAUAAGACAUCAUAAUCUUGUGAGGAUCCUAACGUCUUGUUCGAGCAUUGAUCAACAAGGAAGAGAUUUUAAAGCUUUGAUUUUUGAGUUCAUGCCAAAGGGAAACUUGGACAUGUGGCUCCAUCGAGAUUAUGAAAAAGAUGGAGAUGAUGUUCUUUCUUUAGAAAAGAGAUUGGACAUUAUCAUCAAUAUUGCUGAUGCUUUGGAAUAUCUUCAUCAUAGUUGUGAACCAUCAAUCAUUCAUUGUGAUGUGAAGCCAAGCAACAUCUUGCUUGACAAUAACAUGAUUGCACAUGUAGGAGAUUUUGGACUCUCAAGAAUGAUUUCUGAGGCUAUGAGCACGACACUUCAAGAUUAUUCUGACAAAAGUGAGAUUAAAGGAACAAUUGUCUAUUUUGCUCCAGAAUAUGCUGAAGGAGCUCGCCCGUCUACCUCUACAGAUGUUUAUAGUUUUGGAAUAAUAAUACUGGAAAUGCUUACCGGAAGGCGACCUACUGAUGAUAUUUUCAAGGAUAACUUAACUCUAUACAAUCACGUCAAAAUGGUAUUUCCUCAUAGAAUCAAUGAUAUCGUCGAUCUUAAAAUGUUUACAGAAGAGCAAAUUGAUGCCAAUAAGAGUAGUUUCUCGAGCAUCCAAAGAUGUUUGCUUUCUUUGGCUGAAGUGGGUCUUUUAUGCUCAACUUCAUUAUCAGAAAAAAGGCCGGGCAUGAGAGAGGUUGCUACCAAAUUACAUGCAAUUAGAGUUUCUUAUCUUCAAUCUGAUGAAAAUAGUGGAGUGAAAUACAACGCAAAAGCCCAAGAGAAGAAAUGCUUUUCACUGUUCAUUCUCUCGUUCCUUCCUCUAUGCUUCUUGUCUUGUGCUCUUUCUGUUUUGCAGAUUGAAGAUAAUCAGUUGAAGCAAAGUUCACAUGUACUCAAUAUUCAGCUUACAGCCGAAAAUUAUCCGCUGUGGAAGUCGCAAAUUCUGAAACUGUUAACUGCGAAUGGAUUUGAAGAAUUUAGCCGUGUUCUUUAUUCGACCAUUUCUACUACCUUUCUUCCUUACGUUUUGUCGCUGGAUUCCUGUUGUGAAAUUUGGCAAACCAUUGAGCGCCGACUGCAGGCUACCAAUCGCUCAAGGAUUCUUCAACUGAAGAAUGAAUUAAAUCACAUUUCCAUGAAAGACAAAACCAUGAUGCAGUAUUUAUCUGAAAUUAAAGGCAAGGUCGACGCGAUAGGUUCGUCUGGUUCCCCAUUGUCUUCUGAUGACAUUAUAAUGUAUACCCUCAAUGGCUUACCCAGCGCCUAUCAGGGUUUUAAAAUUGCGAUAAGAACUAAUUUGAAUCCAAUGAGUUUGGAUGAUUUCUACGCACUUCUUUGUAGCGAAGAAAUCAAUUUAGCAGCUGAAUCUGUCCGCGAAUUAUCUCUGUCAUCGGAAUCUCUACAAGCAUUAACAGCUCAAUGUGGUCGCUCGCGUGGCCGUGGUUAUCGUGGAAGAAACACAUCUCGACCUCCUCGCGGCAGAACAAAUGCUUCCCGAAGUACUCCGUCCACAGCUUCACCAGUGGAAUGUCAAAUUUGCGGCAAAUAUAGUCAUUCAGCUGUUAAGUGCCGGUACCGUGGAGCUACUGCACAUCUCACGGCUGAUUCAAACCAGAUGUACAAUGUCCGAUCGUAUAAGGGUGAUAAGAAGGUCAUGGUUGGUAAUGGGGAUCUUCUCCCAAUAACUCAUACUGGUCAAGGUUUAUUACCCACUCCUAGCCGUAAGCUUUAUCUUUCUCCUCUUCAUCUUGACCCGAAGAACAACCAAACUCUCCUUCACGGUCCUAGCUACUUCUCGAGGACUAUCCUCUUCAAACUAAGCAAGGCCGUUCUCGGGUCGAAUCUACCUUUUCAGCCAUUAGCUCAAAUAUUCAACUCUGGCAUCGACGUCUUGGUCAUCCGUCUCAUCCUGUUCUUCUACAGCUCCCGAAAUAUUGUGAUCGUUCCUUAUGCAUUAACAGCUCAACGUGGUCGCUCGCGUGGCCGUGGUUAUCGUGGAAGGAACACGUCUCGACCUCCUCGCGGACGAACUAAUGCAUCCCGAAGUACUCCGUCCACAGCUUCACCAGUGGAAUGUCAAAUUUGCGGCAAGUAUGGUCAUUCUGCUGUUAAGUGCUGGUACCGUGGUGAUUUCACCUAUCAAUCUCCUACUUCUGCUUACUCCGCUGAACUUCCACCAUCGUCUUCCGAUUGGUUACUUGACACAGGAGCUACUGCACAUCUCACCGCUGACUCAAACCAGAUGUACAAUGUCCGACCGUAUAAGGGUGAUAAGCAGGUCAUGGUUGGUAAUGGGGAUUUUCUCCCAAUCACUCAUACUGGUCAAGCUUUAAUACAUAGCGAUGUAUGGGGUCCAUCACCCUUUCUAUCAAUACAUGGUUUUAAAUAUUAUAUGUUAUUUGUGGAUGACUUCUCUCGCUAUACUUGGCUAUAUCCAUUAAAAGCAAAAUCUGAUGUUGCAACUAUUUUUCUUCAGUUUAAACGUUUAGUUGAAAAUCAAUUCAAUAAACGAAUCAAAUGCUUGCGCUCUGAUGGUGGAGGAGAAUAUGUGUCUAAAACUUUUCAAUCUCUUUUAUCUCAAUAUGGCAUUCUUCAUCAAAUUACGUGUCCUUAUACUCCUGAACAAAACGGUGUUGCGGAGCGCAAACACCGUCACAUUCUUGAGACCACACGAACCUUACUUCUUGAUGCAAGCUUACCCAAUCAAUUUUGGGUUCAUUCUGUCACUACUGCUGUGUUCUUAAUCAAUCGGAUGCCCCCUCUUUCCAAACAACACCAAUCUCCCUUCCAUCGUUUGUAUUCCAAACCUCCUGAUUAUACCACGCUCAAAGUAUUUGGUUGUCUUUGUUAUCCAUAUCUUCCUUCUCUUGCUUCAACCAAAUUUCACCCAAGAUCCUUACCUUGUGUAUUUAUUGGGUAUGCACCCAAUACAAAAGGAUAUUACUGUUUUAACAUUGAUUAUGGCAAAAUAUUCACAUCUCGUCAUGUGAAGUUUGUUGAAACAGUUUUUCCUUUUACUCAACUGUUAACAAAACCUGCCCCACCGUCCCCUGCUGUGCCCACUUAUACGCCUCCUACACUUCUUGUCCCAAGCAUUGUUCAAAACUUGCCUCCCUCAGCAAUGUCUCUGUCAUCUCCACAAGCAAAUGCAUCUGUGUCUCCACCUAAAACUCCUCAGAGUUUGCUGCAACCACAUCUCACUCCUUCUCUAUCCCGUGAAUCAUCUUCUCCUGGCAGUUCUUUCAUGCCUAACAACUCAUCACAACCUCCUCCAAUUACAUCCUCAUCAGCUCCACCAUUACAUCAAUCCACUCAUCCUAUGCUUACUAGGCUACGGACUGGGCAUUUAAAACCUAAGCAUAUUAUCAAUAUGACCACUGAUGUUGUUUCUUCUGAUCCAACAUGCUAUACAGAGGCUGUCAAACAGCUUGUCUGGAGGCAAGCUAUGUCCAAUGAGUUUGCUGCUUUACAACAACAGGGAACAUGGACAUUGGUUCCCCCACACCCCGAUCAAAAUGUCUUGGGAUGUAAAUGGAUUUUCCGCACUAAAUAUCACUCCGAUGGCUCUAUUGCAAGGCAUAAAGCUCGUUUGGUUGCUCUCGGCUGCAAUCAACAAUACGGUUUGGAUUACUAUCAAACGUUUAGUCCUGUAGCUAAACUUCCUACCAUCCGUGUUUUUCUCAUAGUUGCUGCCACUUUUAAAUGGAAUGUGAUUCAGCUAGAUAUUUCGAAUGCGUUUCUUCAUGGGACUCUUACUGACACAAUUUUUAUGUCUCAACCUACUGGUUUUAAAGACUCAUUGCAUCCGGAUUAUGUUUGCCAUUUGAAAAAGUCUUUAUAUGGUCUCAAACAAUCUCCUCGCAAAUGGUUUGAAACCUUUUCUACUUAUCUUAUCACCUAUGGUUUUCAUCACAGUGCAGCCAACCCUUCUCUCUUAAUAUAUAAUAAGGAUGCGAAAAUCAUUUAUAUAUUGGUAUAUGUCGAUGACAUCUUACUAACUGGUAAUGAUGCCGCCACUAUUACUCAUCUUCUAUCAGCAUUGCAUAACAGGUUUAAUAUGAAAAACCUUGGCAGCAUAUCUUAUUUUCUUGGCAUGCAAGUAUUGCAUACGGAUGAUGGUUUCCAUUUAUCUCAGUCCAAAUAUGCCGCUGACAUUCUGCAAAAAGCUGGUAUGGCUGAGUGUAAACCCAUCUCUACUCCCAUAGCCUCCAAAACACCUUACAGCGGCUCCAUUUCUCUUCCAAUUGCCCAGGCUGAGUUAUUUAAACAACUUGUCGGCUCUCUACAGUAUUUGACUUUAACUAGACCGGACAUUUCCUAUACUGUGAAUAGACUGUGCCAGCAUAUGCACCAACCUCAAGAGAUUCACUUUCAGCUUCUUAAGAGUCUUCUACGCUACCUUAAAGGAACUCUUUCUUUCGGUCUUCCAUUGGUCGCGACGACUCUUCGUCUAUCUGCUUAUUCUGAUUUUGAUUGGGCUGGUGAUCCGGUUGAUCGAAAAUCUACAACCGGUUAUUGUGCGUUCUUAGGCAGCAACCUCAUUUCCUGGCAAGUCAAGAAACAAAAGACCGUUGCACGGUCUUCUACAGAAGCUGAGUAUCGCGCACUCGCAACUGCUGCAAUGGAUAUCAUAUGGCUUCAACGGUUUUGUUUCCUGAGAAUUUUUUAUGUUUGGGUUUUCGCCUUGCCGCCGCGACUACACCAGUAUUUGGAAUCAGAGCUAGGUUCGUCGCAUAUUGCGGAAGGUAGUAGCCAGCCUCGACCCGACGCCGAUCGGAGUCUGGAUGCGUUGUGGGAUACGCACCAACAAACGUCCAAGCAAUUGGAUGAGCUUGUCCAUUCGUUAGCCAGGUUUGCGGAUGAAAUGCGGGAGGAAAUGAAACAUAUUAGAGCGAUUGCGAAUCCUUUUGCGAGACAAGCCGCACCGGCAACCUUACCGGGACAGAGGAUUCCAAUGCGUGGUGAACCCGCUCACAGGAGAAUACCAGUUAGGCUUCCAGAUAGCUCAGAUUCGGAGGAUAGUAUUCCACCUGAAAUUGAAGUGUCAGGAACGGAUGAAGAAGUUCGUCCCCCUCGGCCUGAUAGGGGUAGACAUCAUCGGCACCAAAGAUCAGAUAAUGAGCACGCCCGUAUUAAACUGGAUAUUCCAAUUUUUGGCCAACGAUCCGUUAGUGACUAUACGGAGGAAUUCUACAGAUUAAGCGCCCGCAACAAUUUGGCAGAAUCGGAGAACCAACUGGUGGCACGUUACAUAGGUGGUUUGAAAGAACACCUUCAAGAGAAACUGGAACUUAAUUCGGUUUGGUCUCUAUCCCAAGCCGUUAAUUUCGCUUUGAAAGCUGAAGCGCAAUCCCAACGAACAGGCCAGACCAAUUUUCAAAGAAAGACCACUCCAGAAAACAUUUCUGGUUCAAACAGGGUACCUAGUUCAGCUCUAAAAUCACAGCCAGUUGUGAACUCUUCUGGGAGUAUACUGCAAGUUGAUACCAGAGGGCAAAUUAAGUCUCUGACCCCAGCCAGAGACAACCCGUAUGCCAAACCUUCCUCCAUUAAGUGUUUCCGUUGUUUACAACCGGGUCACAAGUCAAAUGAGUGUCCAAUGCGGCACCAAGCUCAGCUCGUUGAAGCAGAGGAUGAUGUUGAGCCCUCGGGAUUGGCGGAGGAAACCGAGUACCUGGUGGAAGAAUUGUCGGCAGAUGAGGGAUGUUAUGACCUCGGAAUUACUGCUGCCGUACCCCCGUUACGUGAUUUACAGCACCAAAUCGAAUUUAUUCCUGGUGCCGCUCUCCCCAACUUACCGCAUUACAGGAUGAGCCCCCGUGAGCACGGGAUACUUCAGGAGAUCAUUCAAGAUCUGUUACACAAACAAUUUAUUCAACCCAGCAUGAGCCCGUGUGCUGUCCCGACGCUUAUCGUUUCGAAGAAAGAUGGACAGUGGAGGUUAUGCAUAGACAGUAGGGUCAUCAACCAUAUCACUGUCAAGUAUAGAUUUCCAAUACCGAGGAUCACUGACCUUCUCAACAGACUUCAUGGCUCUAAGGUAUUCUCCAAGUUGGACCUGAGGAGUAGAUAUCAUCAAAUUCAUAUCCAUCUGGGGGAUGAAUGGAAGACGGCGUUUAAAACGAUUGAAGGCUUGUUCGAGUGGAAGGUUAUGCCUUUUGGGCUCUGCAAAGCGCAGUCCACCUUCAUGAGGCUAAUGCACGAAGUCCUCAAACCUUAUCUAGACAAAUUUUGUAUUGUCUAUUUUGACGAUAUUUUGGUGUUUGGCACUUCUUUUUCAGCUCAUCUUGAUCACCUGAAGGCAAUCCUGGAAGCUCUCCGCCAACAUCAACUCUUUGUCAAUUUAGCCAAGUGCCAUUUUGCUGUAACUAGCGUACAUUUCCUGGGUUUUGUGCUUACACCCGAUGGUAUCCAGACUGCUCCUCAGAAAAUUGAGGCCAUUCGUGACUGGCCGAUUCCGAAGACCAUCACGGAAGUCCGUAGCUUCCAUGGCUUGGCGAAUUACCAUCGUCGAUUCAUUAAAGGAUUCAGCAACAUUAUGGCCCCCAUCACAAACUAUUUGAAAUCACCGGCGCUGACUUGGUCGGCGGCUCAACAGAGAAGUUUUGAAAAGAUAAAGGAUGCUCUUAGUUCAGCUCCCGUGUUGGCUUUCCCAUAUUUUGACAAGCCUUUUCAGGUUGAUACGGAUGCAUCAGCAGUGGGUAUUGGAGCUGUGUUAUCUCAGGAGGGAAGACCCGUUGAAUACUUUAGUGAGAAGCUAAGUCCUCAGCGACAAAGGUGGUCUGCGUAUGAACAAGAGCUAUAUGACGUUGUCCGUGCCCUCAAGCAGUGGGAGCAUUAUCUUUUGCAUAAGGAUUUUAUUCUAUGUAGCGACAAUCAAGCAUUGCAAUAUAUCAACAAUAAAAAAAACAUUAAUCGUAUGCACGCCAAGUGGAUUGUUUUCUUUCAAAGAUUUAGUUUUGUGAUCAAGCACAAGGCCGGUAAGAGCAAUAGGGUGGCGGACGCAUUGAGUAGAUGCUCGGCGCUUUUAACGCACCUGCAAACAGAGAUAACAGGACUGCAGCUGUUACGGGAUUUAUACCCAGACAAAAAGGAUUUUGCUGAUAUCUGGAAUGCUUGUAAUUCGGGUCAGCCUUUAAGGGAUUACUUGGUACAGGAAGUUAAUCUUCUUCUUCUUCUUUUCUAUAAAUCCAUGAAAGAAUGCAUGGAUGUUCUGAACGACUCCGUUUCUCUUCCUUACAGGAUAUACAGAUCCUACCACACUAAUUCCUCUUAUUCAAUGGAGAAAUUUUCAUUCGGUACCAUUAUGCUCUUAUUUAUUCUCUUCUUCUUCAUUGUCAGUUCAUCUCCCUUGCAAUUGCUCUCAACCCUAAACACCAACACAACAAACUACAAUUCACUCGUUGCCUUCAAGAGUCAACUCAUGAAGCAAAGCAUUAAUGGCGCUUCUUCUACCGUUCUCAACUCAUGGAACGACACAACCCACUUCUGCUCAUGGGAAGGAGUCACGUGCGGCCACAAGCAUCAAAACAAAGUUGUAGCCUUGGAUCUCAGCUCCAGUGGAUUGGUCGGUCCUCUUCCUCCUUCCAUAGCCAAUCUCACCUUCCUCAGAAGGCUCGAUCUUAGCCUCAAUUGGCUCAAUGGUGAGAUCCAUCCAAAUCUUGCUCGAUUGCAACGAUUGCAAUAUCUUAACUUGAGUUUUAACUCAUUUCAUGGAGACAUUCCCCCCAUUCUCAUGGCAAAUAACUCUGCGUUUCAAGUUCUUGAUCUCUGUUGCAACCAGCUUACAGGCAAGAUCCCUGCAACCCUAAACUCUAUGUCACAGCUCAACCAUCUUGAUCUUAGUAACAAUAGCAUCAUUGGCACCAUCCCAUCUUCACUUGGAAAUCUCUCCUCCUUAGAAACUCUUCGUGUCUUUUCUAAUCAUAUAGGGGGAGGCAUCCCACUAGAGAUUGGCAGCCUUCAUAAAUUAAAACAUAUAAAUGUGGCAGGGAAUAAUCUUUCUGGUAGCAUUCCAUCUGCAUUCUUCAACCUAUCAUCACUUCGAAUAAUUUUAUUAGUAAGUAAUCACCUUUAUGGUGAUAUUUCAACUAAUAUUGCCCAAGCUUUUCCAUACCUAGAAAUAUUUUAUAUUGGUGGAAAUCAUUUCUUUGGUUCACUUCACCAAGCUCUUCAAAAUGUUACCAGUAUCAGGCGUUUAGACAUUGAAGAUAAUAAUUUUACAGGAGUGGUGCCACCAGAUCUUGGAAAAAUGCAUAACCUUACAUACCUCAAUAUGCAAUACAAUAAGCUUGAAGCAGCUGAUGCAAAGGACUGGAGAUUUCUUGAUUCUUUAACUAAUUGCACUAGCUUAGAAACCUUGGCCCUUUGUAGCAAUAACCUUGGUGGAAUGCUUCCAAAAUCAAUUGGGAAUCUCUCCAUUGAGCUUCAAAAAUUGAUAUUGGGAUUCAAUCAUAUUUCAGGAAGCAUCCCUUUUGAACUUGGAAAGUACGCCAAAUUAAAUUGUUUAGGGAUGGAGAGAAAUCUUUUGCAAGGUCCUAUACCUGAGAGCAUUGGAAAUCUUCAACGGCUACAAGAUUUAAAUUUAUUUAAUAAUAGUUUAACGGGAAGUAUUCCUUAUUCCUUAGGCAAUCUCACAAAACUUAUCAAUUUAUUUUUAGGAUUUAAUCAAUUAACAGGUUCUAUUCCUUCAACACUAAAAAAUCUUAAUAUUCUCAGUAUUUUGAAUCUCAGGCAAAAUAAUCUAAGUGGCUUGAUUCCGAGAGGGAUUUUUCUCAUGCAUUCCAUUUUAGAUACUCUAGAUUUAUCCUAUAACUCUUUUACUGGAACUCUACCAUUAGAAGUUGGUCAUCUUGAACAUCUCAUGUUUCUAGAUUUUUCCAAUAACAAUUUAACAGGGGAAAUACCAGAAUCACUUGGAAGUUGUCAGCUAUUGCUUCAAUUAAAUAUAGAAUACAAUUUUUUUCAUGGCUCCAUUCCAAUUUCUAUAGGGAACAUAAAGAACCUUGAAACACUAGACCUUUCGCAUAAUAAUUUAUCAGGGGUUAUUCCUCAAUCCCUACAAAAUAUUAUGUUUCUUAAGCGCUUGAAUCUGUCAUUUAAUAAUCUUGAAGGUGAGGUGCCAUACAAAGGUGUCUUUGCAAAUUUCUCAGCAAUCUCCCUCAUUGGAAAUGAAAAACUAUGUGGAGGAAUUUCAAAACUUGAUUUUCCAAGAUGUGUUGUCAGCUCAUCAUCAACAAAAAAAAGAAAUCAUAAUUUAAUUAAAAUUUUGGCCCCAAUUCUCAGCAUACUAGUUCUGAUAUUGGCCCUUGUGAUGUGCUAUACUUUGCUUUAUAGAAAUCAAAAGCAAAGUGGCCAAAGCAGAAAUUCAUCAAAGUCAUCCUUAAACACUCAAUUUCCAAGAAUUUCUUAUACAAAAUUAGCCAGAGCUACAAAUGAUUUUUCCACUUCAAAUCUAGUUGGACAUGGAAGAUAUGGAUUUGUUUAUAAAGGCACCCUAAGAGAUUAUGAAGAUAUUGUGGCUAUUAAAGUUUUUAAUCUUGAGGUCCAUGGAGCUCUUAAGAGUUUCACAUCUGAAUGUGAUGCAUUAAGAAGAGUACGACAUCGUAAUAUUAUAAGGGUUCUAAACUCAUGCUCUAGUAUUGAUCAUCAAGGCAAAGAUUUUAAAUCUUUGAUUUAUGAAUUCAUGCCAAAGGGAAACUUGGACAUGAGGCUACACCAAGAAAAUGAGAUUGAUGAAGAUAAUAUUCUUUAUCUAGAAAAGAGAUUGAACAUUAUCAUCAAUGUUGCGGAUGCUUUGGAGUAUCUUCAUCAUAAUUGUGAACCAUCAAUAAUUCAUUGUGACAUAAAGCCGAGCAACAUCCUACUAGACAAGAACAUGAUUGCGCAUGUAGGAGAUUUUGGACUCUCAAGAAUGCUCUCUGAAGUUAUGAGUAUGCCUGUCCAAGAUUACUCUGAUAAAAGAGCGAUAAAAGGAACUAUUGGUUAUAUUGCCCCAGAAUAUGGUGAAGGAGCUUGCCCGUCUACCUCUGCAGAUGUUUAUAGUUUUGGAAUAAUACUACUAGAGAUACUUACUGGAAGAAGGCCUACUGAUGAUAUCUUCCAUGAUAACUUAAAUUUAUAUAAUCAUGUUAAAAUGGCAUUUCCUCAUGGAAUCAAUAACAUCAUAGAUCUUAAAAUGUUUACUAAAGAGCAAAGAUAUACUAUCAGCAAUUGUCAAAGCAUCAACAAAUGCUUGCUUUCCUUGGCAGAAGUAGCUCUCUCAUGCUCAGCUUCAUUACUAGAGGAAAGACCAUCCAUGAGAGAUGUGGUUACAAAAUUGCAUGCAAUUAGAGUUUCCUACCUUCAAUCUGAUGGAAAUGAGGACUUCUUUUAGAAAAUCAAAGCCAAGCAAUGAUUCUUAAUUUGUCUUAAGUCCCGGCCUUCAUGUAGUUUGUAAUUAGCUUUUGAUUAAUUAUCAGAGAAGUACAGCUAAUAUAUACAUAAGCACUUGUGCAAUUUUAUUCUAUUCUUCUUUUAAUCACUUUCUUAAAA